AUGACCCCACAUUCCAAUGCCAUGUGGAAUGAGAUGGGUUAUUCUGAUAUCACCAAACAGAAUUCUGACCUUCUUUUCACUCUUCUUUAUAUUGACAAGGAGCAACAUGUUAAAAUCCUUGAUCUCAUUGAGAGUGGGAAGAAAGAAGGCGCCAAACUGGAGUGUGGUGGAGGACGCUGGGGGAACAAAGGCUUCUUUGUCCAGCCCACAGUCUUCUCCAAUGUGACCGAUGAGAUGCGCAUUGCCAAAGAGGAGAUAUUUGGACCAGUGCAACAAAUCAUGAAGUUUAAGUCCAUAGAUGAUGUGAUCAAGAGAGCCAACAAUACUCCCUAUGGUCUAGCAGCAGGAGUCUUCACAAAAGACCUGGACAGGGCCAUCACUGUGUCUUCUGCUCUUCAGGCUGGGAUAGUGUGGGUGAAUUGUUAUGUGGCUCUAUCUGUGCAGUGCCCAUUUGGUGGGUUCAAGAUGUCUGGAAACGGGCGAGAAAUGGGUGAACAGGGUGUUUAUGAAUACACUGAGCUCAAGACAGUCGCAGUGAAAAUAUCUCAGAAGAACUCCUAAAGAAGCCAGCAGAGUGAAGAGAAACUCUCAGCAGUGGCUACAUGUCUCCUAUAGUCACCAGCAGAGGGCUGUUUUAUUACAGUGUCUUCUGUUGAUUUCUUAAACAUAAGGAACCCAUCAGCAUUACUGUAACUCAUAGAAAACAUAUAGCUUAAUUCCUCUAAUACAUGACCCUAAUUCAUAUCCUAGAAGAAAGGGAUACAUUUAGGUACAAGCUCUUUGUAACCCAGUCAUGAAAAAGUGCUUUCCAUUGUAGCUACUUGUCUACAGCCCUCAUUUGAUGUGAUUUAAACUCUGUUUCUCAGUGACUUCUUGCACUACUCACCAUGCACAACUGAAAAGUCAGCCACUGUUCUUGGAGUUAUUCUUCUGAGUAUUGUGAUGUAUUUUUAGAAUGACAUGGCUGCUUGUCAAAUGAAAUGCUCAGCUGUAAUUAGAGUGCAAAGUUUAAUAAAGGCAAAAUCUCACAUGA